GCGCCGAGGGAGCAGCGGUUGUGCUCCGCGGGCCCAAGUCACCGCUGUGGCUGUGCUCCUGCGGCUGCGCAUCCAACUGGGCCAGCAGGCUCAAGUGCCGUGAGUGCGACCGGCGUUGCUCCACCAAGGUCGAGGACACCGCCAGGAAGGCUCACAAGGAGGCGCUCAAGGGCGGGCCCGAGCUUGGCAGCCACCCGCAGCCCCGCGGUGCAUGGGCGCGGCAGAAGCUGCCCCCCUGGGAGCACGACAAGCUCCAGAGGCAGGACAGCGAGCUGGCGGCCCUGCGGCAGCAAGUCGAGGCACUCAAGGCCGACAGCGCCAAGGCCAAGCUCACUGCACUCAGCGACCUCAAGGAGGAGCUGCAGAAGCUUGGAGGAGGUGAGCAGGCCACGAGCUGCGUCAAGGCCGUCGAGGCCAAGUACUCAAAACCGCCCAAGCCCAAGAGCCUCCCAGCCUUGGAGGGGCAGCGCAGGAAGCUCGAGGGCCAGCUCCAGAAGGCCCUCGCCAAGGUGGCGGAGCCCGAGGACCAGCGCGGCAAGCUCGACCAGAGGAUCUGCGAGGCCAAAGAUUUGGCCGCCGAGCUCAAGUGCAAGCUGCAGGCGGCGGACGCCGAGAUCGAGUCCCGCCAUGCCGCUGGCGUCCUCGGCGACGGGCUCAGGGGCCUGGCCAAGGUGCUGGAGCAGUUCAAGGCUACGGUUGUGGAGAACCAGGCCGUGCUGCAGGGCCUCAUCCAGCAGGAGACCCUGGAGGCAGCGGACGACGCUGCCACUGGUGAUGGCGAUGGUGAUGACGCUGCUGUCCCAGGCAGCGGGGAUCCACACGAGGGUGUCCCAGGCAGCGCAGGGCCCAGCUCAAGCGGCCUCGGGCUUGAUAGCGUAUGGCUAUACACUGUCAACGCGAACACCGAGAAGGGCUAUCGCGACUUCCCCGACUGGCUUGACGGCCAGCACAGCCUCGUGGAGGCUGAGCAGAAGAGGCUGCCAGCCGCAGACAUCACCUUCGUGCAGGAGACGCGUGUGCGGGCCUGUGGCAGGGAGGCAGUCCAGCGUUGGCAUCGGAAGCGCGGGUUCGACUUCGACCUGGCCGCAGGACUCAGCACGGGGGACGGGCCUCAGGCAGUCUCAGGCGGGGUAGGCAUCGGAGUGCGGCAGCGGUUCGCGGCAGCCACGCUCGACACCGCUUUCAAGCAGCCCCGCCGCGUGCUGCGGCGGGUGGUCAACAUUGGCGACGGGCUCGCCAUCGAUCUCCUGUCCAUCUACCUCCGCGACGGGGAGGGCAUGAGCGAGGCCAACGCAGACAUUCUCUGGGAGGUUGCGUCGCAGCUCAGGGUGGCGGUGCGGCCGUGGACCCUGGCGGGCGAUUUCAACAUGGACCCCCUCCAGGUCGCGGCGUGGGCUGCGACGGCUGGAGGUCUCGCGCUACAUGCAGGUACAGCGACCUGCAGGGCGGGGGCGCUUCACGAGCUCGACUACGCAGUCAUCUCCGACGAGCUCCAGCAGUUCGUGUUCAGCCACGGGCCCGUGGUCGAGGAGUGGCUACGGCACGCUGAGGGUUACCUUCUCCCACUCUUCGACCUACACGGGGACGAGGCUCAGAAGUUCGCUGGCAGGGGCGACGGAGUGCGCUUCGUCAACGUGCCGCUCGCGGACGCUAGCCGCCGCCGCUGGGCUCUACUCAGCUCGCAGGAGACCCACGCCUGGGGCGGCCUGGUCAGCCUGCUGCAGCGCGCAGACCUGCUGGUGGCACGGGGGAAGGACCUACAGGGCCUGGCCAGCCUGCGCGCACGCCUGGCAGCGCUGCGCUUUGGCGACUACGACGGCACCAUGGCCCCUGCGCCCAGGGCUGCGCUCGGAGCUGCGGCGACCUCCAGCGACGCGGGCUUGAGGAGGAGGCUCAUCGAGCAUGCGCGGGCCCAGCAGCAGGCCUGCCAGCGCCGCGACGCAGCAGCCGCCAGGAGGCAGUGGCAGGACUGGGCCAAAGGCUCGACCACAGGCGGAGGGAAGCUGGCCCACCGUUUCUCCAAGCCUGAGCCGCUGGCCAAGGCGACCCUCGUCACGGAGGGCGAGGCCGAGGGGGAGGCCCUACCAGUCAACGGCGACGAGGCAGUGCGGCAUUGCCUCAAGGAGUGGCUUCCGCUAUGGUUGGACCCUCGGCGCAGAGGAGGCCUCGAGGAAGCGGCCAGCUGGGGGGCGCCGGAGCCGCUGCCGAGGCUCGAGGUGGACAGCCUCAGGCACCUGCUCACGCGGUACGGGAGGUGGGCAGGCCUGGGCUGGGACCAGCUCCACCCGCGGCAGCUGCUCCUCCUCGAUGAGUCAUUCCUAGACAGGCUCCUCGACGUGCUGGCCAGCUGGGAGGACGGUCCCGAGGCCUACUUGGACUGGCUCGCGGUCAUCGUCUUCCGCGCCAAGGCGGACGGCGGCAGGGGGCCCAUCGCUCUCACCUGCCUCCAGCUUCGCCUCUGGUCGGCCCUGCGAGGGCCCAUCGUCAGGAAUUGGGAGGCUCAGCGCCACGAGGUGUGGUGCAUCGGCGGGGAGCUGAACACGUGCGAGAGGGCAGGUUGGGCGCAUCAGACCCUCACGGCCCUGGCCUACGAGAAAGGCCUCAGCACGGGCACGGCCCUCGGGGACCUACGGAAGUUCUACGAGAAUAUCAGCCACAAGGAGCUCCUGGUGGAGGUGCAGGCCACGGGUUUUCCUGUUAAGCUCCUCAGGGCAUGCUGUGUAUCGUAUUCUGGCUACAGAGUCAUCACGGUCGACGGAGCAUGCAGCUCGCCCUUUCGGGCUACUGGCACGGUGCUGGCAGGCUGCUCCUGCGCGACUGGGAUGACCAAACUGCUCCUCUUCCGUUCUUUCAAGAAGGUGGCGGCCUUCUACCCCGGCGUGCGACUGGGCAGCGUUGUCGACGACUUCACGCUCCAGACUGUGGGCACCACGGGCAUGGUCAAGGCAGCGCUGGGCCCCGCCGCACGCAUGCUGUUGGGCUGCUUCGACGAGAAGCGGGCGCCCGUCCACUUCGGGAAGCUCUGCUACCUGACCCCCGACGCAGAGGUGGCGAAGCAGCUGGAGUCGGAGUGGGCCGCUGAGGACGGCAGGGCGCUGCGCGGCAGGCUGCUAGGCAACGACGUGCAUGACGGGCGCUGGAGGCGCACAGCCAUCGGGGCACAGCGGGUCGAGGAUGCUCCUGCAAGGUCUCGGAGGCUGCAGGUGCUGAGGUCAGCUGGGGCCAAGGUGGCCACGGUGCAGAAGGGGAGGUGCUUCCCCAGAAGCAUCGAGAGAGACCCAGCGGUGGUGAGCGCAGGGCAGGUGGUGCUGCAGUUCGGCAUGGCGCUCUGGCUGGGCUACCCCACUCCGUUCGCCCUCAACGCGCUGCUGGAGAAGGCCAAGCAGCGGUUCUCGACGGCAAAGCGGCCCUGGGCAACCUGCAGGGACCCCGUGGCAGCCUUCUUCCUUACCAUCACCAGGCUUGGCUGGACCAUCGAGGGCGGCAGGCACGUCACCACCGACCAAGGGCUGGAGGUCGACCUGGCCAGAGUCUCGCCCUACUUCAUCAAGGAGCUCGCAGAGGGGGCGGCCAAGAGGUGGUCCGACCGCGACGCCACCUUAAGGCUGUACCCCCACCAGAGCUCGGACCUGUACUGGGGCUCGCUGCAGAGGCUCGGCAGGUCCAAGGAGUCGCUCGGCUGGCAGCUACAUCAGCGAGCGGCUCUCCACUCGAUCAUUUCAGGCACGGUUCUCUCCCAGACGCGGCUCUACAAGAGAGGGUUGGCCUCCGAGUGGGCGAGACCCAGAAGGGGGCCCAGUGCGAUGGCAUCGACGCCGGACGGCAGCUCUGUGGGCACGCGGUGGCCCGAGCUGCAGCGUGCUGGCUGGUCGCUCGUGCAGUGCGACAGGCAUGGGCGCCUUGUGGCUGCUGCGUGGGGAUGGGUGCCCCUCUCCAUGGCGCCGCGGCAGGGGGCGAGAGAUGGCGAGAACUACGCGUGCCACAUGGCGGCCUUCCUCUGCGAGGGCCACGUCGACUUCCAGACGGACUGCGCUGGGACGGCGGCGUGCGCCCAGAGGGGGGCAGCAUGGGCAUGUCGCCCAGGGUCGGCAAGGGCCCACCUGUGGAACGCUUUCUACGCCUCCUUCGACGGCUCGCGCAGCUACACGGUCACCAAGGUGCUGGCCCACGCCUCCGUCGCCGACGUGGAGGCAGACCGCGCGACCUGGUGGCAGCGGGCAGGCAAUACGCUCGCAGACGAGGCGGCGAAGGAGGGAGCGAAGCUGGCGCUGGGCGACGACCAGCUGGACUUUGCCUACGGCCUCGACCGCAUCGCACGGCAGGCGAUGAUCUUCACGGGCAAGCUCCACGCGCGCAUGGCGGAUCGGAAGCUGCUCGACCAUGCCAGCGACGUCAUCCUGGAGUUCUCGGGGCCCGAGGCGGGCUACGAGGAGCACGCGACCAGCGGGGGCCACGCUGCCGAGGCCGCCUGGGGGGCUGCUGGCGCGGCGGCAGCGGCCCUAGCGGCUGCGAGGGCCUCGGCUGAGGGCGACGAGCCCCCUGCAGCUCGACGACCUCGGCAGCCGUGGUCGAUCGGAGGCCACUCGAUCGUCGAGCGAGCCGUAACGGGGCCAGGUACGGACGGCGCCACCAUGGUCCACUGCGUGAAGUGCUACGCCUAC